AUGAAACAAUAUAUUGAAAAAUAUAAAAAAAAGGGAUAAUUUGAAUUGUUAUAAUUAAAAACUUUAGAUUAUCUGGAAUCAAUAUUCAAGUAGUUCAUUUAGCAAUAUAAAGAAACUGUAGCAGAAUAUAUAACUGAACCAUCUAAAUUUUCACAUUAUUUAGUAUUACAAUAAUUUAUAAAUUUAGUCUUAAUUAUCUUGUUUGGGAGAUAUAGAAUACAAUAACGAAGAUUUAGAAAGCUAAAUUAAUUCUAUAAGUGUAUAAUUAUAUAUGAUUUGGUAUGUCUAUAUAGAUGUCAUUUCAAAAGUUUGCACAAAAAUGAUGAGGAAAUUAAAAUUAAAAUAUAUUUGUGAACUUCAAGCCUUAUAUGAAGAUUUUGUAAUAAAAUUAAAUAAUUGGAAUCAAUUUGAUAAAGCAUAGAAAAAUUAUAAUUUUAUAAAUUCAUUGCGAUAAUUAGAUUAAAGAAAUUUGCCAAUUUUGCCAAUCACUUGUACAGAGUUAUUAGAUAAUCUUCCAAUAUUGAUAAAAUACUCAUAAAAUGAAUAGAAACAAUAACAAAUGAACUAAAAAAAGGAUAGUAAACAUUUAAUUGUUUUUGUACAUGGAUAUAAGGGUUCUCCAUUUGAUAUGAGAAGGUGGAGAAAUAUAAUAAAAACAUAUUAUCCAAAAUGUUUUACUUUAUUGUCAAGUUGUAAUUAGAGAUAAGGUGAAGAUUCAAUAAGAGUAAUGGGACAUAAAUUAAGUAUAGAAAUAUAAGCAUAAAUUUAAUUGAUGGAUGGGAUUGAUGAAUUAUCAUUUAUAUGCCAUUCUUUAGGAGGAGUAGUUGCAAGAUCAGCUCUUUGUAGUUUAAGUAUGCAUUAAACUAAGAUGAGAUUUUAUGUAAGUCUUGGAUCACCUCACAUAGGAUUAUUUGUAAAAUAAAAAAGUUUAGUAAAAACUGGAUUAUGGUUUAUGACAACUUUUUCAUCUAGUUAGAGUAUGGCUGAAUUAUAAUUGUAAGAUGCAUCAAUUCCAUAAAACUCAUAUCUUUAUUAAUUAUCAAAAAUCUAAUGUUUAGAAUGGUUCUAAAAAGUUAUAUUAGUUAGUUCUUUAUAAGAUGAUUUUGUACCAUUCGAAAUAGCAAGACUUGAAAAAUCAAAUAGAGUUCCUUAAGAUAAAUAAUAAAUCUAUAAAAAUAUGCUUGAAAAUAUUAAAUUACCAGAAUGUACAAGAAUUGAAGUUAAUUUUGCAUUUACACAGAAUGACAAGAAUUGGGAUAAUUUUAUUGGAAGAACUGCUCAUAUGAAUUUAGUUGAGAAUACAACUAUGAUAAGGAUGAUUGUUACUUAAAGCAAAUUAUUUGAUUAAUGA